AUGGAAAACUCUGUCCACGAGAGUAGCAGUGACGAAUGUUUUAGGAAGAGAGAUAGCGAUGAUUUCGAAACGGAAUCUGACCUCGAUGAGGAAGCAAUGGCACAGAAAGCGGCUUGCAAAGCCAGAUUUGCUGAAUUUUACAAAGAAUAUAACAAGCGACAACGACUACUUGAUACUGAUUCAGACGAUGAUGACAGUAGCAGCGACGAAUGUUUUAGGAAGAGUGAUGGCGAUGAUUUCGAAACGGAAUCUGACCUCGAUGAGGAAGCGAUGGCACAAAAAGCUGCUUGCAAAGCUAGAUUCAAUAGAAUGUACGCGGCAUUUAGGAAGCAUGUACGAGAAAACCAAAGUGAUUCGGAUGAUGAUAACUCAUCGACCAAAAUUUCCAAGCAAAAAGAAUCAGAGGAAAAGGAGAAUAGAAAUGGAAAUCAAAACAAGACGAUUGUUGGACAGAAAAUCGGUGCUGAGAAUCAAUUCGCUGUAGCUGACGAUGUCGUUCCGGAUGUUGACUCAGUUCAUAACUCAACCGAUACGGAGCAAUCCAAGAAUCAAAACGUCAAUAUCACAAUCAGUGAUCGUGUCCAGUCAUCAGCGAAUGCGAUCGCCAAUGCAAGUGGAGAAGAUCAAGCUGAGAAUCCGCACAACAUCGACGAGUCGGAAUCAGAUGAACACAUGAAUAACAACAAUGGCUAUCAAAAUAUGGGAAUCGUGGACCAUCAAAUGGUUGCUGACCACAGACUAGUUGAAGCUGAAGAGGUCGAUUUUGCAGAAGCAGAUGUUUUACAUGUUGAUUCAGCCUCGAAGCCAAUCGAUAAUAAACAAUCUGAGACUCAAAGCGUCAAUAUCAACAACAGGGAUCGUGUCCAGUCAUCAGCGAAUGCGAUCGCCAAUGCAAGUGGAGAAGGUCAAGCUGAGAAUCCGCACAACAUCGACGAAUCGGAAUCAGAUGAACACGUGAAUAACAACAAUAGCUAUCAAAAUAUGGGAAUCGUGGACCAUCAAAUGGUUGCUGACCACAGACUAGUUGAAGCUGAAGAGGUCGAUUUUGCUGAAGCAGCUGUUUUACAUGUUGAUUUAGUCCUCAUGCCAAUUGAUAUUGAGCAAUUUGAGACUCGAAGCGUCAGUAUCAACAACAGUGAUCGUGUGCAGUUAUCAGUGACAGAUACUGCCAAUGAAAGUAGAGAAGAUCAAUCUCAAAAUCCACGAAACUUCAUGAAUUUAGAUCAGGGAUCUUCUGGGACUACCAACAUCCUGAAGCACAACGACACUAAAAAAACUGAUCCAAUUCCAAAGAAAACUAUUAUCAAAAAAAGAGUUUCGAAAAAGCCGUUCAAAGAUGAGGAUCACCCUUACCGGCCGCCUGGUGAAAAGAUAGACGCUGUUCAUCCAAAACUGAAAUCCCCGAGACUAACUCGUUCUAGGGGAGACGCUGGCCUCUCCAAGGGAUUGUCAAAUGAGAAGAAACAUAAAGUUUCAAAUGCGGUCCAAGAGGCGAUGAAUCUGUUUUAUAGACAUCAUACUUGA